AGUUUUAUUUUGUAGUUUUGUUUGUUAAAUUAGUGUUGAUUUAAUUUUUAUCUUUUUAUAAUCAUGACUUUUCUAUUGAUUUUGUUUCUAAUAUCUAAUAAAUGUACAAAAAUGUUUUUGACAAGAAUGAUUUGACCUUGCUGAGGAGUCUUAGCUGGUAAAAGCUUGCCUUCACUACUGCACUGAUCUGUUUAUCGAAGUGCAUACUUUUGUCAAAAAUAACACCCAGAUUACGCAUAGUAGGUGCAAACUGAGGUGUUGGACCAUUAAAUCUAAGAGAACUGCUGGGUGAAUCCGGGCUAAACAGGAUGUACUCAGUCUUUUCUUUAUUCAGAUGAAGGAAGUUCUGGGAGAGCCACUGUUUGAUAUCCAGAAGGCAAUUAUGGAGAGGGUCCAGUGCUCCAAUGCAGAAAGAUUACUCAGAAUUACAGGAAAAUAGAUCUGGAGGUCGUCAGCAUAGAAAUGAAAUUGAACGUUGUGAUUGGAGAUGAGUUGACCAAGUGGCAGCAUAUAUAGUGAGAACAGAAUAGGACCAAGAAUAGAUCCUUGAGGCACACCAGAUGACAGAGGAGCAACCGAGGAAGAAUAAUCAUUAAGCAUUAAUGAAAAAGUUCUGUUAGUGAGGUAUGAUGAGAACCAAUUUAGUACCGCACCCUGCAAACCAACAACGUGUUGAAGACAUGUCAAAUGCAGCGGUAAGGUCCAGUAACACCAAAACCUUUUAACACCAGAAGCUUUUACCAUCCAGGGCUCCAAGAAUGUCAUUAUGGACCCAUAAUAAUGCUGAUUCAGUGCUAUGUCUCGACCUGAAACCGGACGGAAAUGUAUCAUCAAUGCCGUGCAGUUGAAGGUGAGACUGAAGCUGGGCGAAAACAAGCUUCUCCAUCAACUUGACAGGUUAGAUAUAAGGCAGAAGUUGGAUAGUAUUGUGGGAUCAAGGUUGGGUUUCUAGAGCAGCGGUCUAACAAUAGCGUGUUUGAGAGCAGCGGGAACAGUACCCACACUAAAACAGCUGUUUAUGAAGGAGACAAGGAUGGGACCUAUGAUGUCAAGAGAGCAGGUGGUGGGCUACAACUCGUGGACAGCUUUUUUGAGGUCCACCAGAGUAACAGCAUCAAAGUUCUCCAGCACACAUUGCGCUGCACGAGUAGACAUGGCAAAACCGGGGACUUGUGUAAUGGUUUGCCUAACAGACAAAACCUUGUCCAAAAAAUGUUGUUUGAAUAGAUUGUAUGUGUUUUCAGAAACAUCAUUCAAGGCGACAGACACCAGAUUUAUGACAGAAUUGAUAGUGCUGAAUAAAAUUCCAGGGUGGUGGCUAAUGCUGUUGAUGAGAGCAGAAAGGUAAUGUACUUUAGCUUCCUUCAGUGCACUCUGAUGGGUGGCAAGACUGUCUCUAAACAUCUCCAGUGACACCUGCAGCCUAUCUUUCUUCCAGCUGAGCCUGUCUAAACCGGCACCUGAGGGUUUGAGUUGUAUCAUUGAGCCAAGGGUCCAAUGGACCAUUGGUCAACUUUACCUUGCAGGGCACAACAGAGUCCAUAAUCUGAGAGCAGAUGGUAUGGAAGGAGGCGAUGAAACGGUCCGGACAAAGAGGCGAUGCCAAUUCAGCAGUAGAGUAACGUGUCUAAAUGCUGAACUCAACAUGACCAGAGCUCUGAAAAACAACUUGCUCACAAAAGUCUCCCGUCCAGACUGGCUGCUGUAUGCGAUUCCUUCUGUUGCCUUUGUUCUUGGAGUGUUGCUGUUCUUACUGGUCUUCAGAACACAGCGUCGCAAAGAGACAGAAGCAUUUCGACGCGUCGCUGCUCUGAAGGCCGUGAUGAACACAACCUCGACAGGACACACAUACACAAGUCAACAUCCCAUGGGAACACAGAACAAGGACUCAAGCAAAAUUCAGAACUCCAGCAAAACUCAAGGGAAUCUAACAAAACAAGAGGCCCAGUCUUAUGAGAAUGUUACAACAAUAAUCUACAGUAAUGAGGAUAAAGUCAACUACCGUGUCAUCCAGGAUGAAGAUGGAGAGUCGUAUGAGAAUAUGGAGGCGUGUGUUUAUGCUCAUCCUCGCCAGCCAACACUAAAAGAUGAUGUUGGCACCAAGGACGAUGAUUACAUUAAUCCUGAUGAGGAGCACAUUCACAACUUGGUGCAGACAGACACAGCAUCCUAUGAGAACAUGGCUGACUCUGUGUGUCCUGAUAUAGGAACACACACCAACACACACUCUGACGAAGGCUGGUAUGAGUGUAUGGACAGAAGAAAAGUAGGUGGGAAACCUACAUAAUGCAUGAUAUGAGUAAACGCGGGAAAGAACACACACAUUCACACACAUCAUCAGCAUCAUCAUCAUCAGCAGAAGCAACGGCAGAAUUCUCAGCUUCAUCAUCAUCAUCAUCAUCAUCAUCAUCUUACAGUUACAUCAUGGACUGUAUCAGGAUCAUCCCAUGAAAUAGCAGCAGCAUCUCCAGUCCUAGCAGAUACUAAACCUUUCUUUUUUAAAUACUGGUUUCCUUCUGAAGAAGCUCUGAGAAGUUAUUUAGGAGCAGUUGGUACUUCAGUCAUGAAAGUGAUAUGAACGUCUGCCUGAACUUCUGGAGCAUCUGGAGUGAGCGGAUGGAUUUGCUUCAGAGCUUGAAGGUGGCAUGUUUGAUUUAAGAACGCUUUAAUAUUUUCAUCGAAAACAAUACAUUUCUCUGGUUAUCACGUCUAUUGUGAAGUGCUGUGUACAGACACGACGGCCAUAUUGAAUGUAGGGUAGAGAUCCAGUGAGCUGUGGUUUGAUGUGAUGUGUGGUGUAAUGAGGUGUGGUAUAAUGAGGUGUGGUGUGGUGUAAUGAGGUGUGGUGUGGUGUAAUUAGGUGCGGAUUUGAUGUGAGGUGUGGUGUGGUGUAAU